UCAGUCGAGGACGCGAAACGCCCGCAGCCACCAGUGAUUGGUAUACGGCAUAAAUACGGGCACGUGGGUGGGGUCUCUGUUGGAUUGUGAGGCGGAUAAAUCACUUACUGGAUCUGAUGUACUAGUUAAUAAUGAGAAAGCAUUUUUGUCAAUAUUGUAUACCGGCUUCUACGUCACUGCUAUUGCAACACACCGUACUCUUUGUGUACAUGAAACGUGUCGCGUCGUUGGCAAAAGACAACUGCCUUCCCCGCAUCUCGGAGAGGAGAAGAAGAAAAACAAAUCAUGUGCAACGACACGUCGGGUGCCGUCUUGCGAGUCCUCUCACAAAAUACAAGUGUAAACAUACACGCGCUCAUCAGUCUCAUUAGCGGUGCAAGAACCCUGGCCGAUUGCGAGGUGAAGAAGUGUGGUUUAGCAAUAGCGGAUUAGGUAAUCGUCCGAUACAAUUACGUCGCUUACUUAUAGAUUAGAAAAGCACGAUUAAAGCCUGCAAUCAACACUCAAGGCUGACUUAUCAGGGGCAUUCUUAUCUGGCUAAUUUAGUUAGUAAUUUUAAUCUGGCUAAUUAAUUUAGUUUAGUUACGCGCUUGAAUCCACAUCGAAUGGUCAAAGAUGAUGUUACUGUUCUGUAAAAGUGCUGGGAUGAAAGAGCGGCUGUGUUUCACGAUUUUUCUCCUCAUUUUAUCGAUCUCAUCCGAGGUCAGAGGGUACCGGAUAUUGAGUAUAUUACCCUACAACGCAAAGAGCCAUGCGAUCAUGUUCGAGGAACUUAACAAGGGGCUGGCUAAUCGCGGCCACCGGGUCGACGUCGUGGGGCAUUUUCCGCUGAAGAAGCCGGUCGAGAAUUACAACGACAUAAUAAACCUGGCCGACGACUCGGUUCCGAAGUUGCAGAAUAAUUUGACGUACAAAUUCGUGACGUCAAGUGUGCUAGAUAAGCCCGUGGUGCCGUUUCUCACGUCCAUGUUCGGAACCGAACUCUGCAAAUUGAUGGACCACCCCGAGUUGAAGAACCUGAUUAAAAACCCUCCGAACGAUCCUCCCUACGAUCUACUCAUCGGCGAAGUCUUGGCCGCCCACUGUUUCCUGGCCUUGGGUCAGCACCUCAAGGUCCCGGUGGUGGCAAUCGUUACAUCACCGAUGUGGCCGUGGUCGAGCGACUUCGUGGCGAACCCCGAUAACCCGGCGUACGUGCCCGGAGUUUUCUCAAGUCUCAUUGCGCCCAUGAGCUUUUGGGACCGGAUGACCAACACCUUGGACUUGAUCGGUAAAAAGAUGCAGUUUUACUACCACACCAGUGACCAGGACGAAUUCAUAAGGAAGCAUCUCGGGCCGCAUGCUCUCGGAGUCCGAGAAGCCGAGAGAAACGUCUCUCUGAUCCUCGUCAACUCUCACUACAGUCUAAACGGCGUCAGGCCCUUCACCGCGGCGGUUGUCGAAGUCGGAGGAAUUCAUAUCCCCAAAGAAAUCGAGCCGCUGCCCCGCGAUCUGCAAGAGUGGUUGGACCGGAGCAAAGACGGCUUCGUGUACAUAUCCUUUGGCUCGAUGCUGAAGAUCGAGUCAUUUUCGGGGGAAACUUUGCGCGCGCUUUACAAAUCCUUGGGAAAAUUGGCGCCUGUCAGAGUGCUGAUGAAAGUAGCGAAGCCGGACGAACUGCCGGCCGGUUUGCCGAGCAACGUGAUGAUCCGUCCUUGGAUUCCGCAGCUGGCGGUUCUCUGUCACAAGAACGCUCGCGUCUUCUUCACCCACGGUGGUCUGAUGUCGACCCAGGAGGCCGUCCACUGCGGCGUCCCGAUGAUAGGGGUGCCCCUCUUCUCCGAUCAGCCUCUGAACGUAGCUCGUUACAUCAGGAAGAACGUCGCUGUGUCGCUGGCCCACGACGAAUUGACCGAGGAAAAAAUUGACGCUGCCUUCGAGAAGGUCCUGGGUGACCCCUCAUACAUGGCAGCUGCUAAGAAGAUCUCCGCCGAAUUUCGGGACCGUCCGAUGAGCCCAUUGGACACCGGGAUCUUCUGGGUCGAGUACGUCGCCAGACACGGAGGAUCUAUUAUCAGGUCACCGGCGAUGGAUUUGUCCUGGUUCCAAAUAGCGCUGCUCGAUGUAUUUGGCGCUCUGAUUCUCGGCCUCGCUGUUGCCGCUUACUUGAUCAAACUUAUCCUCAAGAAGCUUUUCGCCCUGUUGGUGAGAGGCACCGAAGCACCGACUCGAUACAAGAAGAUCAAUUGAAAUUGGCCGGAGAAUUUCUUUGCGAGGAAGGUGAAAUAUCUCGUCAGGUUACAGCUCACCCCAAAAUUACGAUGAUUUCUGCAACACCGCUCACGGAUCUCUGAUGACCGUGAUAAUUAACGCGCUUACCUCUAAUUAAUUCGCCCUCGUAUCUCGCAUUCGUGCAGCAGCACUGACUCAAGCGGGAACUAAAUAUUUGAUACCCGCAUCAAAUGCAGGGUCCUUAACAAAUGGAAUUCACGUAUCAGCUCACACCGGCACUUCACAGACGGGGAAAGUUUCGCAAAUUCGCUUUUGCAAAGCUUUCGGUCUUAGAUUCAACCAUAUUAUUUUUCUUCUUUUGGUUCACCGCCCAAAGAUCUGAAUAACCGAAUAAAGUUCGUCUCGGAAUUGUUGAGCGAGAUUGAGUUCGUUACUUUUAGAGCACAGUAAUUUCGUCGAAUAAAUUGUGAUUUAUGUGAGUUGAAUAAGCAGCUCGUCAAGA